CCUUCAUCAACGCGACAGCGCAUCCCCCUGCCUCCUGUCAUCGCAGAAUAUCGUGUUUUGCACCGCGAUAUCAUCCCUGAGAGUCAGGACGGUCGCAUCUCCGGCUUUUUCGUCGCCUUUCAUCGCCUGACAGCACCGUGUUUCGUGACGUCCUGUUGUCUGGGUGAACGGCGCCCUCGUGGCAAGGGCUGCCUGCCAAAGGCCUUACCGGCUCGCCGGGUCUUCAUUCCUUUCUGUUAAGUGACGUUAAGUACGCAGUCCGUUCCUUUUCGAGUCGACUCGAUUUUUGCUCGCUCUUCGGUCGAAGCGCUCCUCGCCGUGCGCAGUCGGACGGAAUCCUGCCCGACCGGUAACAUCGACGACUUUUCUCCCACCUAUCUAUUCUCGCGGUUUUCAUCGAAAAGACAUCCACCAUGUCGAACGUUUACUUUCCCUUCUCCAAGGCGCCUUUGCGCACCAUCAAGGAGAUUCAGUUCGGACUUUUUUCCCCUGAAGAAAUAAAACGUAUGAGUGUUGUCCAUGUCGAGUAUCCCGAGACUAUGGAUGAGCAGAGAAUUCGCCCACGAACAAAAGGUCCAAAUGAUCCCAGGCUCGGAACCCUCGACCGUCAGUAUGUUUGUGAGACCUGUGAGGAGGGUCAAAAGGAGUGUCCUGGUCAUUACGGUCAUAUUGAACUCGCCACACCAGUUUUUCAUAUUGGUUUCCUUACAAAGACCAAGAAAUUACUGGAGACCGUUUGCCACAACUGUGGAAAAAUAAAGGCCGAUAUGUCCGAUUCCAAGUUUCAAGAUGCGUUACGAGUCCGCGACCCAAAGCGACGGUUCGACAUGAUCUGGCGUCUGUCAAAGGAUGUGGCUGUCUGUGAGGCAGAUGCCCCUCCAGAUGAUGACCCUUUUUCGAAAGAGGCAUCAAAGCCAGCAAAGGGACACGGAGGAUGCGGCAAUGCUCAGCCAACCAUUCGCAGGGAAGGUCUCACCCUCGUCGGUACAUGGAAACCAAACAAAUCAAUGAUGGAAGAUGAUGUCGACAUGCCGCAGCCUGAAAAGCGGACCAUCACUCCUUCAGUAGCCCACAACAUCUUCCGCAGCAUCUCUCACCAAGAUGUUAGGAUCAUGGGUCUGAGCAAUGACUACGCUCGUCCUGAGUGGAUGAUUCUCACUGUUCUUCUCGUCCCUCCACCUGUUGUUCGUCCUAGCGUUGUCAGCGGCAAGAGCACUAGCGGUCUACGUGCUGAAGAUGACUUGACUUUCAAGCUUGCUGAAAUUAUUCGAGCAAAUCAGAAUCUUCAACGGUGUGAACAAGAAGGCGCGCCAGAGCAUGUCGUUCGAGAAUUCGAAGCCCUGCUCCAGUAUCAUGUCGCCACUUAUAUGGAUAACGAUAUUGCUGGUCAACCAAAAGCUAUGACGAAGUCUAAUAGGCCUGUCAAGGCUAUUCGUGGUCGACUCAAGGGAAAGGAAGGUCGCUUGCGUCAAAAUUUGAUGGGAAAACGUGUCGACUUUUCGGCUCGUACUGUCAUCACUGGUGACCCUAACUUGUCAUUAGAUGAAGUUGGUGUGCCGCGAAGCACAGCCAUGAUUCUCACUUACCCUGAGGUUGUUACGCCUUACAAUAUCGAAUUCCUGCAAAAGCUUGUCAAUAAUGGUCCUACGAUCUACCCAGGCGCUAGAUACAUUGUUCGCGACAAUGGGGAACGCAUUGACUUGCGUAUGGCGCGAAAGACAAACGCUAACCUUCUUUACGGCUGGAAAGUCGAGCGACACAUCAUGGAUGGCGAUGUAAUUCUUUUCAAUCGUCAGCCUUCUCUGCACAAGGAGUCUAUGAUGGGUCAUCACGUGCGGGUCAUGCCUUAUUCAACCUUCCGUCUCAAUCUGUCUGUCACUACUCCUUACAACGCUGAUUUUGACGGUGACGAAAUGAAUUUACACGUCCCUCAAGGCGAGGAGUCUCGUGCGGAACUCCAUCAACUUGCAAUGGUCCCGUUCAAUAUCGUUUCUCCUCAGCGAAAUGGCCCACUUAUGGGUAUCGUACAGGACUCUCUCUGUGGUAUUUACAAGAUCUGUCGCCGUGAUGUUUUCUUAACGAAGGAUCAAGUCAUGAACAUCAUGCUUUGGGUUCCUGACUGGGAUGGUGUAAUCCCUCCUCCCGCUAUUCUAAAGCCGCGACCUCGUUGGACUGGAAAACAGAUCAUUAGCAUGAUUCUUCCGUCUGGAUUGAAUCUUUUGCGUAUUGACAAGGACAAAGCUCCGCUUUCUGAAAAGUUCUCCCCAUUAGCAGAUGGCGGACUGCUCGUGCAUGGUGGUCAGCUGAUGUACGGGAUGUUUUCUAAGAAGACAGUCGGUGCUUCCGGAGGUGGUGUUGUCCAUACCAUUUUCAAUGAAUAUGGUCCCGAAGUCGCUGUAUCUUUCUUUAACGGUGCUCAGCGAGUUGUCAAUUAUUGGCUUCUACACAAUGGUUUCUCCAUUGGUAUUGGUGACACCAUUCCUGAUCAGAAAACCAUUGAACGAAUUGAGGUCGCUGUCCGAGCAGGCAAGGAAGAGGUUGAACAGAUUGUCGCCAGCGCAACUGAAAACACGCUGGAACCUUUACCUGGUAUGAACAUCCGUGAGACCUUUGAAAGCAAGGUAUCGCGUGCUUUGAACAAUGCUCGUGAAGAGGCAGGUAGUGAGACAGAAAAGAGCUUGAAGGAUCUUAACAACGCCAUUCAAAUGGCUCGGUCUGGUUCCAAGGGCUCAACCAUCAACAUUUCUCAAAUGACUGCUAUUGUUGGUCAACAAUCUGUUGAAGGUAAACGUAUUCCCUUCGGAUUCGGGUACCGAACUCUUCCCCAUUUCACCAAGGACGACUAUUCGCCAGAAUCUAGAGGCUUUGUUGAAAAUUCCUACCUACGUGGCUUGACUCCGACUGAGUUCUUCUUCCAUGCUAUGGCUGGUCGAGAAGGUCUUAUUGAUACUGCAGUUAAAACUGCUGAGACUGGUUACAUCCAACGUAAGCUUGUCAAAGCUCUCGAGGAACUUAUGGUCAAAUAUGAUGGAACUGUGCGAAACUCCCUGGGUGACAUUAUUCAGUUCUUGUACGGUGAAGAUGGGUUGGACGGUGCACACAUUGAAAACCAGCGGGUCGACACUAUCAAGUGCUCUGAUGAGCAAUUCCGUGACCGUUUCCGAGUUGAUCUUAUGGACCCGGAGCGAACGCUUGGUCCUGAAGUUCUAGAGCAAGCAACUGAGAUUGCGGGUGACGUUGAAGUUCAGAGGCUCCUUGAUGAAGAGUGGGAAGCACUUCUAAAAGAUCGCGAAUUCCUUCGUUCCGUUGCCAAAGGGGAUGAGGAAAUGAUGCAGUUGCCAAUUAAUGUACAGCGUAUCCUUGAAUCCGCUAAGACUACUUUCCGUAUCAAGGAGGGCACCAUCAGCGAUCUUCACCCGUCUGAUGUAGUUCCUCACGUUCAGGCAUUGUUGGACCGUCUGGUUGUCGUUCGAGGCGAUGACAUGAUCUCUCGGGAGGCACAGACAAGCGCUACCCUUCUCUUCAAGGCUCAACUGCGUUCGAGAUUAGCAUUCAAACGGCUUGUUACUCAGUAUUCUAUGAACAAGCUCGCUUUCAAGCACGUGGUAGGAGCCAUCGAAAUGCGUUUCGCUCAAGCACAGGCCAAUCCUGGAGAAAUGGUCGGUGUUUUGGCUGCUCAAUCCAUUGGAGAACCCGCUACCCAGAUGACAUUAAACACUUUCCACUUUGCUGGUGUCAGUUCCAAGAACGUUACCCUUGGUGUUCCUCGUUUGAAAGAAAUUUUGAAUGUUGCCACGAACAUUAAAACUCCUUCUAUGACGGUUUACCAAGAACCACACAAAAAACAUAACAAAGAAUCUGCCAAGCAGUUGCGAAGCGUUGUUGAACAUACUAGCCUUCGGUCAGUUACUGAAGCCACUGAAAUUUACUAUGAUCCAGAGAUUCAGUCCACUGUGAUCGAUAACGAUAGGGAUAUGGUUGAGUCUUACUUCAUCAUUCCUGAGGACGUUGCAGAUGACUCAUCCCGUCAAUCUAAAUGGCUCCUACGUAUCGUUCUCAGCCGACCUAAACUUCUUGACAAAGGUCUUACUGUUCAAGAUGUCGCGACGAGGAUCAAGGAACAGUAUCCGAAGGAUAUCGCAGUUAUUUUCAGCGAUAACAACGCUGAUGAGCAGGUUAUUCGUAUCCGACAACUGCAUGAUAUUAAAGAAGAUGAAGAUGAUGAGGAUAUGGAGUACGAUGUUACCUUGAAGAAACUAGAACAGCACCUUCUCGACACCCUUACCCUGCGUGGUGUCGCUGGUGUCGAACGUGCCUUCAUUAACGAGAAAGACAAUGUGCGUGUCCUUGAGGAUGGCGCUCUAUUCCAAAGCAAGUCAGAUCCCCUUUGCAAAGAAUGGGUCUUGGAAACCAGCGGUUCAGCGCUGGCCGAUGUCCUCACAAUUCCUGGAGUCGAUACCACCCGCACAUACUCUAAUCAGUUCAUUGAGGUCUUCGAAGUAUUUGGCAUUGAAGCCGCUCGUUCUGCUGUUUUACGAGAACUUACUCAAGUGUUGGCUUUCGACGGUUCCUAUGUCAACCAUCGCCAUCUUGCCCUCCUAGUCGAUAUGAUGACCGUUCGUGGUUAUCUUACACCUGUAACACGUCACGGUAUCAACCGUGCCGAUAAUGGUGCUUUGAUGAGAUGUUCGUUCGAAGAGACAGUUGAAAUUCUACUUGAUGCAGCUGCUUUUGGUGAACUUGACGAUUGCCGAGGCGUUUCCGAAAACUUGAUUCUUGGUCAAAUGGCACCGGCUGGUACCGGAGAGUUUGAUGUGAUUCUGGACCAACCUAUGAUGGAUACAGUGGUUUCACGUAAUACCGGCAUUGGCUUGAUGGGCGGUCUUGGAGCUAAGGACGCAAUGAUCAACGAUGGCGCGGCUACUCAAUAUGACACCGGUUCGCCAAUGAUGGAGAAUGGAUAUAUUGGAACACCAGAUCCCGAUGCGAAGUUCUCUCCCAUUCGGCAGGGUGAUGCGGAGCCAGGUGCUGGUGGCUUCUCAGCCUACCAACCUUCUGGUGGCUUGGGCGGUUUUAGUCCGGCACCUCAGAGCCCUGGUGGUUAUUCUCCAACCAGUCCUUUCAAUACAAGCCCAGUAUCUCCAGGCUAUUCUCCUUCCUCCAGCUAUUCUCCUGCUUCGCCUGGCAUGGCCAUCACGAGUCCUCGAUAUGUCACAUCGCCUGGCUUCUCUCCACAGAGUCCCAACUUCCAGCCGACGUCUCCUGCAUAUUCUCCUACUUCGCCGGCUUAUGGUCAAGCAUCACCUACUUCACCAUCAUACUCUCCUACUUCACCACGGUUCUCGCCGUCGUCGCCAAACUACAGCCCGUCUUCACCUAAUUUCAGUCCUGCGUCUCCAGCUUUCAGCCCAAGCUCUCCGACGUACAGCCCCACAAGUCCGGCAAUUGGUGGCAGCAGACAAUUUUCUCCAUCCUCACCAACCUCGCCCAAAUACUCUCCUGCAUCUCCAGGAUGGUCACCGACAAGCCCGGAGAUAUAUUCCCCUACAUCUCCAAACAUUCAUGGCUCACCGACGUCCCCUCGCGGCGCAACUUCGCCAAGCUACAGCCCGACCUCGCCGCAGUACAACCCGACAUCUCCACGCCAGUAAAUGGAAAGUACUCAGUCCUACUGAGCUAGCUUCCAAAAAUUUCAUUAUUGUAUCACCACUUUCAAUUCUCUACAUAGCAUUGAAAAUUUAUCAUGUCGCAUCCUACUGGUAUGAAAUUGUUUGGUCAUAUCUCUCACAUGGAUAUCCCCUUUUUUUCACAUUUCCUUUUAUCGUUCGUCUCAUUGGUAACGUCUUUUCUAAGACGGAAUGGCAGCUCCCGAGAUAGCCUUAUUUCUUUUGCUGCACCUUGAAAAGAGACAGAUUGAACGUUCAUUCAUCAUCAUUUUUUCCCCGUCUGUUUCUUUUUGGGAAGAUGGGGGCGCAUGUUAGCAUGGAGUUCAGAGAUUUCUUUCCCACUUUUUUGCCUAAUCACAACCAUGGAUCACCAACAAAUUUGAAAGUCGCACAGACAUGUAUUUUUUGUCUCUAUUUUCAUUUUGAUGUACACAGCUGCACCUGACGAGCAAAGAAAUAGAAAAUGAAAACAUUUAAUUCAGCUA